UUCAGAAAUUUUGGAAUUUUAAUAAUUAUCCUUUUACGAGAUACAAUUCACAUUUGUGUAUGAAAAAAUAUAUAAAAAAUUACUACAAUAAAUAAGCGGUGUGAGUUGAAUUUGUAGCCAUCCAAUGUGAGAUAUUUACACUACUCGGACUUUCAUUUCGCAAGCUUAUAAUUUAAAUUUGAUGAAUUUAGAUAAAAAGGCAAUAUGAAUAGGAAGAGGGGAAAACGACAAAAAAAUGAUUCAGGGCAAGAGAUACUGGUACUUCCUCCAGAUUUAUUACAAAAACUUGGGAUUAACUUGGAAAAUAUUUGUUUUAAUGAAGAUUCCAAUGCGGUUCCAAUUGCAGAUAUUUCUGGAAACGAGGCUCCUUUAUUAACUGAAGAAAUAGUGGUUCAAGACAUAAUUUCCACUGAAAAAAAUAAAGAAUCUUCUAUCAUUGAAACUGCAAAUUUAAUGAAAAAGUCUCUGUUUUUAAGUCCUACAUUCAAUACACCACAAUCUGUUGUGGUACCUAAUAGUAUAGAGCCACAAUGUACUAGUCCAGAGAAGAUUUAUACAGAUAAUGUGGAAGUAGAUAAAAAUGAAAACAGUGAAAUCAUAAAUAAAGAUCACUGUCAUGCUGUAGAUUACUGCAUUGAUAACCAACAUAUUAUAAUUACACAAUACAGUCAGGAUAACCAGAGUAGAUCUACUCCAAUUUUAAAUCCUAUAAGUACUGCAAACGAAGAAAGUGCAUCUCAAACUAAAAUUGAUAACAAAAAUAAAAUUAACAUAUUGUCUGAGGAAAUUGUUAAUCCAACAAAAUUGAGUACUUUGCGACCAUUAAUUGAUAUAAAUGACCGAAAAGCUUUGGUUCCUAUACCAAUUGAUACUUUCAUAUCAAUUGACAAGCAUCAUCAAGAUAAUAAAAUAACUAACAAUAAUACAUGCUUGUCUCAUAAUGAAUUAAAAGCUAAUAAUUCAAACAGUUUAAAAACCGAAUAUAAUGAGGAUGCUGUAACUCAGUAUGUUAAAACUGCCCAGACAAAUGGUGAAAUAUUAGAUAAUAAUACAACUGAAACAGAUAUUGAUACUGAAAUGUUGCCUGGCUGUAAUGAAAAAUCUUAUGAUACUAUUAACAAUUUAAAUGUUUUUCAACCAGCACCAAAUGUCGAAAACUCAGGGUCAAUAGAAGAUGAAGAUACACUAAAAGAAACAUCUAAUAAAAUUCGCAGUGACCAAAAUAAAUUAAAAACAGUAGAAGAGAAAGCAAGUUUGGAAGAAUUGAACACUUGUAAUGCCUCUGUAAAUGAAAAUGAGUCUGCAAAUACAAUAGCAAGUAUAUUAUUUAAACAUCUUAACAAAGAAAAAAACUUUUUUACAUCUAAACAAAAUAAAGCUAAGUCCAAAAUGUCAGUUCAAGGUGUAGAAAAACCUGGUGGAGAAGUUCAGAUAAAUCAAUCUAGGCAACAUAAAACAAGGACAUAUGCUAGAAAUAAGAAAAAUAAGAUUGCAAAUUCGAUUACAUUCGAUCACGUAGUUGAUAUAGACACAAAUGAUCUAAAGAUAGAUUAUGCUGAUAAUAUUUCUUAUGAACAUCUGCAGAUCCCUGGACAAUUUUGUAUUUGUUUCGAUUUCGGAUACUUAGACCGCGAUAUGGGUCUUGGCUAUGCACAUCCACACUUUUCUAACACUGAAAACAAUAUUCCACUUGAUGAUGCACUUAGCAUUUACAUCGAAGAUGUUGCAAUUAAUCGUAUUGACUGUGAUAAUAUAAACCACAAAGGUGAUAAUAUAAACCACGAAGGUUAUAAUAUAAACCACGAAGGUGAUAAUAUAAACCAUGAUGAAACAUCUGAUACUGAUAAUAUCUGUUACAAUGCUGUAUAUCUGGAUUCAACAAUUGAAAAUGAGGCUUCAGACUCAAAUAACAAAUUGAUACAAGAUAACACAAAUACACCAAAGACAAAAGUAACUUUAAGUAAGAAUGAAACGAGAGAUGUCGCUAGUGAUGAUAAUGUAGCACAAUCAAUAGAAAAGCAGAGAAAACCAGCACAGGUGUCCCCUGAAGUGCAAACCAUACAAAACAUGCAACAACAUGGAUUUGACACUUCCAAUAUUGAUACCGAAAAAAAUGUGGAAAAUCAGGAUAAAUUGAUAACAAAGAAAAGAAAGCUUUCCGUGUUGGAAAGAGAGGAAUCAAAAACAGAUUGUCAGAAACGCAGAAAGGGGAGAAGAUCUAGCCGUAUUUCAAAUGAGAAGCUUGAGCCAGUCAGUCGCGUCGAUAAACAUAAAGUAGAAGUUAUCGAAAAACAAAAUUCGGAGUCCAUCGGAGGCGAAGAGUCAACACACAAUGUAGAGCUCGAGCAAGUAGUGCGUUGCGCAAUGUGCGACGUGAGCGUGCGCGCAGACCGCUGGCUGUCGCACGCCGCAGGCCACGCCUACAUCGCCUGGCCACACGGACAGACACCUCUCGAUAUUACAGACAAAAUGGCAAUACGUAAACACUUAGUUGAUAUUUGUGACGAACUUGGCGCACUGACUUGUAGCAAAUGUAAUACCGAAAAGAAAAGUGUAAAGACAUAUUUAGAACAUACCAAGCAUUGCAAGUCUGCGAACCAUACGUCCAACUCGCCAGUGGACAGUAUCACUGCAGAUGGUACAACGACAGACGCGGCGAAUGUAGUGCCACGUGCCGUGAUAGAAGCGGCGGAUGUGAAGCCCUGUGCCGUCACAGACACGACGGAUAUAGCACCGUGUGCAGACAUAGACGCCGCGGAUGCGGCGCAGCGUGUCGUGACAGACGAGGCGGCUGUAGUAUCAUCUGCCGCGACUGACGCUGCAAAUGUGGUGCCGGGCGUUGUAACCGACGUGGCAGAUGCGGUGCGGUGCGGCGUAUGCGACGCACGGCUGUCUCGCGGCGACUGGAUGGCGCACGCAGGACAAGAGCACAACUACCGCGCCUGGAUACACGGACAACCACAGCCGGAUCUCAAAGAUGAUAAUGCUGUUUAUAAUCAUUUGUAUAAUAUAUCAAAAGAAUUUGAUGGAUUGACGUGCGCUAAAUGUGGUAUAAGGCGGAAGUAUGUGAAAGCAUAUUUGAAACAUAUAGAAUCCUGCAAGGGCGCGGACACUCUAGAUACGAGUGUAAAUGAUUCACUAAACCAAAGUACGGCAUCACUCAACUGUACGGUUGAUGAAGCCAAUACUAAUAUACACCAAGGUACUGUCAAGAGAACCAGAUCUAGUAUCGACAAGAGUAAAUCUGCCGUCAAGAAAAGAAAAACUAGUAUCGACAGGAAUACUGUCGAAAAGGUUAAUACUAUUGUCGAUAAGGAUAAUACUACUGUCGAUAAGGAUAAUAAUACUGUCGAUAAGGAUAAUACUACUGUCGAUAAGGAUAAUACUACUGUCGAUAAGGAUAAUACUACUGUCGAUAAGGAUAAUACUACUGUCGAUAAGGAUAAUACUACUGUCGAUAAGGAUAAUACUACUGUAGAUAAGGAUAAUACUACUGUCGAUAAGGACAGCACUACUGUAGAUAAGGAAAACACUACUAUACAGAAGGACAACACUAUCGAUGCGGGUGCGGUCGUGUGCGGUGUGUGCGGCGCGAGCGUCGCAUCUUCGACGUGGAGCGAGCACGCACGCACGCAACAUGAAUACCUCGCUUGGAAGCACGGGCAGAUGCCGUUGGAAAUCUCAGACGAAGAAGCUGUUCUUUGUCAUUUGAAACAAAUUUUGAAAGAGACAGGACAAUUAAUUUGCUGUAAAUGCGACAAAAUAUGCAAAUUUGCUAAGACGUAUUUACGCCACUCCAGAAAGUGUGGUGCAUCUGAUGAGACUUUGGACAGCAGCGCGAAUGACACCUUGAAUGUAAGCGAGCUAAGUGUAAGUAAAACCAGCAACAAGGGGAGGAGUCCGGCGGGGGCGAGUGGCGAUGGGCGUGACGUCACGUGCGGCGUGUGCGCCGCGAGCGUGCGCGGGGCGGACUGGAGCGAGCACGCACGCACGCAACACAGUUACCUCGCCUGGAAAGAUGGAGAAACACCUCUGGACAUUGCUGACGAAGAACAAGUUCAUAGUCACUUAACCAGAAUCAGUAGAAAACGUAAUGGUCUAACGUGUAAUAAGUGUGACAAAACGAUGAAGUAUGCCAAAAGUUAUCUAUCUCACGUGAAAGCCUGCGAAACUACGAAAGCUGCGGACGUUUUGGAUGUUUUAGAAUGUGCCGUAUGUGGUGAGAAAGUUGAGCCGAGCGAUUGGCAAAAGCAUGCUAUGAGUAAACAUUAUAACGUCGCGUGGGCCGUCGGCGACACUCCUAUCGACAUUAAAAAUCCUUUCGCCGCGGAGAAGUUGUUGAAUAAAUACAAACAGAAGCACAACAAGCUGCAGUGCAAAGUGUGCAAGCUGGUGCGCGUGUCCUGCGUCGGGUUCUACGCGCACAUCAUACAGUGCGGGAAAACGGACGAGGAGGUGGAGAUAUACAAGAGCCUGUGUGAGAUCUGCAACAACAAAUACCUGUGCGUGUACCACAGCCAGCACAUGAAGAUGCACCGCGAGCAGGAGAACGUCAAACAGAGGAAGCUGCUGAUGGCGGAGAAGGUGGCGCAGCUGGAGCAGCAGGAGGACACCCCAGUGGUCACCGGACGCAGGAAAGCGGCGGAAAAAGCCAUAAAUGUGAUCAACAAAUCUAUGGGCGGUGGUGACGCGAAGGACGCGGACGUGGCGGGCAAGACGGGGGACGAUCCGCACUCGGACGCGGGCACGGACAGCGACGAGUCAGCCCAGCUCGACUCCGAGUCCUCCGAGUCGGAGUCCGGCGUCGACUGCGACCUGUCCGACCAGUCCGGCCAGUCCGGCCACUCCGCCCUCCAGCUCGCUGCACAAAACAAGAAGCGGAAGAAGAAGAAGUACCCUGAAUCACAUACUUCAAACAUCAAACGAAUAGCAUUCGUGGUGAAAGACGUGAAAGCUUUCUUAGCUGAAGGUGUGGCUGAAAUACGUAAAAAAGUUCUAUGUGCCGGCGAGCUGUACCCGCAGUGGCGGCACUGCGAGCUGACGGGCGUGCCCGACGCGCACGCCCAUCUCUACAUGCCCGCACUGAAGCGCUCCUGCAACGUCAACAUCAACGCGAAAGAAUGGACCACGUACGAGAUGUUCGAAGCGCGAGUUGACAAAGAAACUUCAUUCUUCGUGGGCGGCUGUAUCCAGUGGAUAUCGUGGUCUCCGCCGACGGUGGGCGACAAGGGUAGGGGCGGGAACUAUCUGGCGGUGGCGGCUCACAGGGAGGCGGACGUGCCGCGCCUGGACCAGUCUGACGUGUUUGAACACCCGGCCAUGCUGCAGAUAUGGGACUUCGGGGAUAUGACCACGGCACCCAAACUGUCGCUGUGCAUCGCGUUAGACUGCGGCACGUUGUGGGCGGGAUCGUGGUGUCCGUCUGGCGUGCGGGACGCCGCGGCGCCGCGCGCGCGUCUCGGGCUGCUAGCAGUAGCCACGUCCAGUGGCGCCGCAUACAUAUUGCCCGUGCCUUAUCCUGAUGAUGUACAGAGGGACAAGUUGUCAUUAUACAAAGUUAAACCAGUCGCCGAGUUGAGGUUUUCUCGCGGCGAGAGACAAAAGUAUCAAGCUACUAGCAUCACAUGGUCUACGGAGAAAGGACAUUCAGUGGUAGUAGUCGGCUACGCGGACGGGUCGCUCGGCCAUUACAACGUGGACAGCUCGUCGCCGCUGCUCAGCGAACAGGACGACGGCGUCACGAUAUUCUACCCCUACGACGAGGAGUACAGACAUAACUCAUGUAUCACUGACGUGUCAACGGUGUCGGGCGGGGGGGUGUGCAGUACAUCUCAAACGGGCUCGGCGCUGCGGAUGCGCGGCGCGGCGCUCCGCUCGCUGCUGCCCGCCACCUGCGCCGCGCCGCUUCCGCUCUGGCCCGCCACGCUCGUCGUCGGAAAUGAUAUUUUAGUGAAUCAAACAGUGAACGAGUUGGAGUGCUGGGGGGCGGGGCGGCGGCUCGGCCCGCUGCGGUGCUGCGGCGGGUGCGCGUGCUGCGGCGCCGUCGCCGCGGUGUCGCCGCCCGCGCUGCGCCUCAUGCGCCUGCAUCCCGCUUACGGCGACCACUUAAAGACGGAUAUAGCUACGAUACAAAUUGCCCGACUGGAUAACAAAAAGCCAAAGAUUAAAAACGACGAUCUAGCGGUGGUCGUUGAACCGAGAACGUACGAAGAGGCCAUCAAAACCUACGGAGUGCAGUUCAAAUAUCUCACCGCAAAGCAUAUGGGUGGUCUGCCGAGCAAGGAGCAGAGCUGCGAGCGGUUCCCGCUGGCAGACGCGGUGGGCGUGGCGUUCUGUCCCGCCCCCGCGCACCACACCCGCCUUGCCGUCGCACUGCACUGCGGCCUCGUGCUGGUACUCAACGUCUGAUCUUCUAUAGUCGGAGGUUACACGUUUAGUUUCUCAUCAAUCCCAUCAAUCUGGUAAAGAUUGAUGCGAAACCUGUACCGUGUAACCCACGGAUUGAUGGACUGAUCAUUGUUUUAUUAUGUACUUCUAAGCCAUCAAUCUGGCGUCAAUAUCAGAUUGAUGAUCUGAACUGAUGCCAGAUUGAGCGUGUAAUCUACGUCUUAAUGUGUAUAAAGGAGUAUACAUUUAAUUCAUCCUACAAAAAACUCGGUAGAUUAAUGUGCAAUUGUAUAUAUAAAUAUUACGGGUCUAAGACGUACAAACUUUAUAACCCACAAAUUUUUCAAUUUAGCAAUUAAUUCGAAAUGAAUUAAUGUACUGAUACCGAUCGAAGUAAAUUACAUAAACACAUAUACA